AUGCCAAACUCUACACAAUUUUCUGAAAGAUGUUUCAAUUGCUCUAUUGAUAAGCAAGCGUGCCACUAUGGCGAAAGUCCCGGAAUGCUUCGAUGUGCUAGAUGCAAGGCUACAAAGAAAUGGUGCUUGUUUUUAUGUAAAAAUUGUGAAAAUAAGAAACGUGAAAACGAAAAUAAAGAACUUGAAAAUAAGAAGCGGUUUAAUCCGUGUGAGAAUUGUGCAAUGACUAAAACAGAUUCAUCUGAAAAUUAUAUCAUUGUGCAAAAACAUUAUAUUCAAUAUCCUAAUAAUAGUCCAAUUGAAAUUACCCCUG